AUGCCGCCCUCCUCCGACCUGCCCGGCGGCCAAAAGCCAACCUCCAGCUUUGGUUCUGUGGACUGGCUCUCCCAGAGCAGCCACGUGGGGCCGGCGCACACCUCCAGGCCCACUGCAGUCUCCUGGGGCAGCCUCUCUGCCCCGGCCAGGGUGUCCAGCGGUGGGGAACCCCCGCAGGCCGUGGGCAUGGAGGAGGCCAAGUCCGCAGCAGUGUCUACACCAGGGACGUCCACGACUGGGUUGAGCAAGGAGGCAGACAGCCCUCGGCCUCCCCGCGUCCGCACAGCCUUCACGGAGGAGCAGGUCAGCACCUUGGAGAGCGCCUUCCAGCUCCACCGCUACCUGGACCCCCAGGAGCGCCGGAGGCUGGCCCAGACCAUGGGGCUCUCGGAGGUGCAGAUCAAAACCUGGUUUCAGAAUCGCCGAAUGAAACAUAAACGCCAACUGCAGGACUCACAGCUGAACGUCUCCCUCUCUGGAGCGGUCUACUCGCCCCUGGCUUUCUGCCCACCUGCCCUGGGCAGCCCCCUGCAGUUGCUGCACCCGUGGGCAUCCUUGUCUGGGCCCUCGGCUCUAGCACAGCCCCCUGGCUCCUUCUGGGACCCCUGCCAAGGGGAGCAAGCCUCCCUGGCCUCGGCGUGGGCCUCGAGCUGCAGACCGCCUCUGAUGUGCUGCCUGCGGGAUCCUGGGAGCCAGGCGCACACGCUGGGCCCGGCCUUGUCCCGGGGAACCUGGCGCCUGUAUGUUCUGCCGGAGACCGGAGAUGCCUUUUGA